CAGUUAUUCAUUGCAUCCAUUUUUGUUCUGCUUAGUUCCUUUUUAAUUAAUUUUACAAUGAAAUGUUUCUAAUUAUUUGUGUUGUAAACAAUCUUAUACAAUUCAUUGAUUAUAUUCAUUGCUAGGAAAAAAUAUAUUAUUUAAGUGGCAAUCCAGUACAAUAAUUAUGGCCCUCGCCUGAACGCAACAAAAUCCGCUGCUGCCGAAUAUACCUCUGAAUUACACACAUAUACGUACAUACACAUAAAUACACACAUAUUUGGAGAAUCCUGCAAUGUACAACAAUUGAACGAUAACAGUCAUGGAUACAAAUGAUUUUGCCUAUGAACAUUACGGUAUAUUAGUUCAAAAUGAUGAAGAAUUGCCCAAAUCCCUAAAUGUUCAAAACCUAAGUAAUGUUUUAGGGACAGAUGACAUUGGACAUAGCAGCGAAUUGGUGCUUGUUUCGCAGCAUGAUUCCUUUCGCCAAACGGAUUUUCGAAAUAAUAGUUUGCACUUUGAUGGAAAAUCAUUAUUAAAGCCGCCAACAAAGAUGGAAGGGAACGCAAAUAAUGCAUUGGAAAGCACAAAGCAUUUGGAGGAAAGUGUUUCACAAGAUUUGGUUAAUUGCAUGCAAAAUUUAAGACAAGAUCGAUCAAAUGUUCAACCAGAACCACCGAUGGAUAGGAAAAAUAUGGCACUGAUGUCGGGAAAUGGCAAGUCCCGGCGGUGGGAACAGAAACUAGUUCAAAUUAAGACAAUGGAGGGCGAAUUUAGUGUUACAAUGUGGGCAUCGGGUACAUCGGACGAUGAGUAUUCCAGUUCGGAUCAAAAUGCCGACGAAGUUGACUAUUUAAUUGGCAAUGAAAGUGUGCUAAAUUCCGAACAGAUAAAAAAAAAUGAAACAGUAUUACAGCAACAACAGCAGGAUCAAUUAUUUUUUCAACAGCAGCAAGAACAAUUUCUACAACUACAGCCUCAAUUAAUUCUCUCGAUGAAUGGGGCAACAACGGCAGCAGCAGCAGCAGCAUCAGCAGCAACAGCAGCAACAGCAGCAACAGCAGCAGCAGCAGCAGAUAAAUGUAAUCUUAGUUCAAAAAGAAAUUUAUGUUGUGAAACACAAAUAUCAUCGUAUGUAGCCAUAUCCCAGGGACGUCGCCUAAUCAAUGAAGAAACUCUGCUGGUUGAUAACAAUCAAUCAUUAGGGCCAAAUGAUGAUUGUGAUAUAAAUAACGAUGUCACUACUGCAUCAGCAUCAGUAACUUUCGCAACAGCACCGGCAACAGCAGCCCCAGGGACAGCAGGAGCACCCCCAAUAACAACAGAAUCGGCUGAGUCAGCGGAUACCACCGACUUUGCACAAUUUGGCAAUGAUAAAAAGAUCCCCUGUCCACAUAAGGGCUGCCAUAAAUACUUUCGUGAUUCAUCCGCAAUGCGUAAACAUUUGCAUACACACGGACCUCGCGUUCAUGUCUGCGCUGAAUGUGGCAAGGCAUUUGUUGAGAGCUCAAAACUGAAGAGGCAUCAACUAGUGCACACGGGCGAAAAACCAUUUCAAUGCACAUUCGAGGGUUGUGGCAAACGUUUCUCAUUAGAUUUUAAUUUAAGAACGCACGUGAGAAUUCAUACUGGAGAUAGACCUUUUGUAUGCCCGUUCGAUGCGUGCAAUAAAAAGUUCGCUCAGUCGACAAAUUUAAAAUCCCACAUCUUAACACAUGCAAAAGCCAAGCGAAAUACAGCCAAUCCGCGCCAUAACAUUUGCCCCAACAACGAGCCUCUAAGCCCCAGUGGGGAAAGCUCUACAAACUUAAUAAAAGUAGAAUCGCGUGAUACAACUAUGUCAGAAACCCAAGCACCAUUUGUAAUGUAUGCCGACUAAAAUAUUCGUGUGUAUAUAAA